GCCCUGCGAGGACGUACAUUUUCAGAUUUUUGGGAUGGUGUCAAUGUAGCACAAAAUUAAAAAUUUUGUUUCAAAGAAAUACUUUCGGAAAGAAUGUUGCACUUUUUUAGCUCAAAAGAUCAAUGGAUGACAGAAUAUGGAUUGAGAGAAAUUUUCAGUUUUGUCAGGAAAUUAUAACAUUUCUUGACUCCCCAUAGACUUUUCAGAUUUGUCGAGGUACAUGUACUUACACAAACUUUUGUAUUUUAUUUUGGCAUUGAUUGUCCUUUUUUGCACUGUUGGCCGCUCAUAGUGGACUACGUGCGUGCAACGUGCAUUCCAAACAGGAAGUUGGGAGAUUAAUUUGGUUGCAUGUGUUCACAGACAAGUGUUGUAAGCUGUCCAGCUUUGUGUUUUGUUGCAAGCUAACAGCUGAACGCCGAUGAUUUCCUUGGACCAUGAUAUUGACGAACUUAACAAUGCUAUAGAAAGAAGUUGUCAGAAACGAACACCUUGGCACGAUGGGCGGAGACAAGAAAAAGUCACCGCCAGCCUCUACAGCCAGUGACAGCGCGAGAAAGCCGAAAGACUUCACUGAUGCUGCUGUACAAACAUCUCCUGAGCAUGGCCCCACCAGUGGCAGUCACACCCGGCGAUGCAGUUGCCUACGAGUGUUCCUACUUUCGGUGGUGAUUGCGGUGCUGGCCGUGGUAACGGCUGUCAUCCUCAAGGGCUAUGAGAUGAGGAGAAUUGGGGAGAUGAUGCUGCGUGACAAGAUUGGUGAGGAGGGCUAUGCUAUGUUCCAGAGCUACGACCGGGAUGCGGACGGUUACCUGAGCCUGGCCGAAUUUGAACCCCUGCUGAACAAGUUGAGCGCCCCUGACAAUGUGCCUGUUGACUUUGAUAGCUUCAUGCAGGAUGUUGACCCCUCGCAGGAGGUCCUCUCUAUUGAGUCUCAUUUCCAGCCACUCCUGCGAGAAUCAAUGAGCAAGGAAAGGGAGGGUUUAUUUAGUGGCGGAAGCGGUAGCCUCGCAGGACUUGAUGCAUGGAACAGCCCCUUCCGUUCCAUGGCGGGCUUCGGCGUGCCGGAGUUUGCUGCAUUCCUACCCGAGGGCGCCCUGCCUGUGGGCCAGGUCUACGAGCUGGUCAAGUCUAAUUUGAAUGUGUUCAGCAACACUCUGUCCAGCAACCGCUACUACCCCCCUCGUGCAGUGGACCGAGAGUUGCUCAUGCACAAGCUGCUGAGUAUGUUGCACCCCCGUCCGUUCCUCCAUACGCGCUUCGGUCCGCAAGGGGCCGCGGCUGUCGUCCGCGCUGAGAAUGAGAUAUAUGUGGAUGUAGUCUUCAGGAUCCAUGCAGAGUUUCAGCUGAAUGAGCCUCCCUUGAAUCCUUUCUGGUUCACCCCAGCUCAAUUCACCGGUAACCUCAUCAUCAGACGAGACUCUUCUCACAUUGAGCAUUUCCACCUCUAUGUUCCCAGCAACAAGAGCCUCAAUGUUGACAUGGAGUGGAUGAACGGCCCCAUGGAAAAUGAGAAUAUGGAGGUAGACAUCGGCUUCAUGCCACAAUUGGAGCUGACUAUCUCCAGUCCCUCCAGCCAAAUCUCAGUUCUUGGGGAGGACGGGGAGGUUCUACAGGAGGCCAAGCCACCAGCAAAUGACCUGCUGAACGGCAACAUAAUCUGGAAUACCGAAAUCUCCAUGGAAAGUGCAUUCUUAAUACUAGAACGCCAUUUCUAUCCAUUUAAAAAAGUGCCUUAUUUGCCAUUUUCUGAAGCUUUCAAGCGUGCAGCUGUAGAGAGUAAACUGGUUCACACCAUUCUUCUUUGGGGGUCCCUCGAUGACCAGUCCUGCUGAGGUUCGGGGCGGACUCUUCGAGAGACAGCUCUCGAGAGUUCGCCCGUCCUCGCUCUCUUGGAGGAGCACUUCAUCAGCACCUGGUCACUGGUCGCUGAUCUGGAGAAGAUGAAGGAGGAGAAGACAGGGGACCAGACGGGGAUGACUGAAGUGGCCCGGCUGGCUUCACAUUGUCUGAAUUCCUACUCUUUCCCUGUACAAAUACUAGUCUUACUUCCUAAUGGCACAGUAGUGCACAGCAUCAACGCUAAUGAUCUUCUGGACAUGGGCCAAGAACCCCCCAGCAUCUCACAGGUUUUUUCAGAUCCUCUGGUAGUGGCCUACGUCAGUUUCCUAGAGACAGGGCUAAAUAAAGCAAAAGAAUUCCAGUAAGCGGCAACUCCUGUAAAAAAGGUGCUGUUCAAACCAUUGGCAAAGACAAAAGUGAUUUACUCUCAUGAUUUAUGCUAGGGCCUUUGUCCAAACUUUGGCUUCAUUUCUGCUGUGUCUGCAUCACAGGCUCCACUGUUGGUUUCAGACAUUCCCUGUAGAAACUGAGCGGAAUUACUACAAAUACAAACUCUUGCUGGACAUUAACCCUUUUAUUUGACGCUCCCAUGAAUGCAUCGAAUCAGAAGAUCGAAACUUCAAGAAGCUAAUUUUUUUUUAUUUUGAAACUUGAUCCUGAAUUCAAAGAGAGAGAAAAACUAAUAAUGAAAGAUGUGGAAAAGCUGUACUUCCCACAGGUUUCACUUAGCCAAUCAGAGUCAGGCAAUUCAUACCACAGAAGGAAAAGAAUUGUUGGAUUUGUAGAUAUUUGACAUGUAAGAAUGCAAACUCUGGCAAGAAGUCUGAACACUCUGACGGUACCUUCUGUAGCAUACUUCCUGGUUGUAACUAACUGCAGGUAUUAAAAAAUGCAUGCAUAGAUUUGACUAAUGCUUGACUCGUCUCUAGGUCGCACAUUGGACAUCAAUCACAUCAAAUGCCAUGUCCUGAUGAAGUUUGAAUAAGUUUUUGAAAGUUAGGAAUGAGUUGAGUCUCAACUGAUAAAUUUGUGGUAACGUAAAUCUUAUGGUAAAAUGGACUUAAAAUGGAAUAACAAAUGUAGUGAAUGCUGCCUUUUCCCCCAAUUCAAUCACAUACUUUUUAAAUGCAUAUAAGUGCAGUACAUUUUAUUUUCAAACUUUUUAUUACUAUUUAUAAUUGCUUUAUUACCGCCCACAACAUAGUUUGUUUAUAUUUUGUCACAGAACAUAAACACGUUUAGUACAGUUUAUCAGAACGAUAGUAGCAGUUGUUAACAGGCACUCAGUCUUAAAAGUUAAGUCUUACAUUGAUUAUGUACAUGUAUAUUGCACAACAGUUUUAAGACAUUUAUACAGAGUGACUUAAUAAGUGCUUUUCCUCCAAACUAAGGGGCUUUUUUUUACAAUGCAGAGAUGUGUGGAGUGUAUGUUGUCUCUGUGAAGUUAAGCGAUGAAACUAACCUACAUGUAAAUUAUCAAAAUUCUUGUGAAACAAAAUUAAGUAGUUCUGGCCCAAAAAAUUGUUCAUGUUUAAAUUCUGUACAGUAACUACAUUCAUACAACUUUUCUGUCACAUUUAGGUCAUAAAUUAAGAAAUUUCAGUACACCAAGUUGAUAUCUGACAUCAUCUCAAGAACUAAAAGCUACAUGUAUGUGUAUUACUGUCUUUUUAAGGUUCACAAGACUCAGCAAAUCUUUUUUAUUGAGAGCAUUUUUUUUCAGUUUUGUGUACACAGUUUUUAAAAAACAGUUCCUUAGAAAAACUUAGGCUUUGAAGAUUUAAUUUAAACGUCCAUCCAUAUUUAGUUCCAGAAUUACACCUUACAACUACCCCAUCAGUGACAAUAUCUGAAUACAAUUUAGUGUAAGAAUAUUUCAUUGUUGGGUUCAAUUUUAUAGAGCUUCGGGGCAGGAUGAAAUGACCACAGAAUUCAGCCUGUCUUGCCAUUAUGGCACGUGGCAUUUGGAAAGAUCAUACUUUUGCUUUCCACGUUUUUUCUUGGGUUAGCAGAUGUGUGUUAAAUGAGCUCUAUCAAAUUGGCCCUGGUCGUGGCGUCUGUGUAUUUAUGAAGACUUGGUCAUAAACCACUCACACUGUUGGCUGACCAAGUCAGAUGGUUUCACAUAGCACCACAGUUGAGUCAUUAUCAUGAAGUAGAUGAAGUAUUCCUGCAUUGCACAAUAUCCCCUAAUGCUCAAUACUAGGACUAUAGUUUAUCUGCUAUUUCAACAUGACUAGGAAAAGAGAAUAAAACAACAGGCAACCUUAAUAUUAAGCUAAUGCGGUAUUACAAAUCGCAUUUUGUAUAAAUUAUGGGUUUUUUGCAAAUGUACUUACAUCUGUCAUAUUUCCUUCGUUUUGUAGCUAAUGUUAAUAAAGGACACAGUCAACUGAACGCUAACAAAGUGAAAA